UUGAGCUCAAGCAGGGAAGGAGCUGAAGGUAGGAAAUUACAACAUUCUGAAGUCUUCAGCAAAUCUUAGCACAUAGUCUCCUCCUCACAAUCCUGUCUUUAGAGAACAGGGUUGCUAUUUUGGGAAUGCUAUAGAAAGACUCCAAGCCUCAGAUUGAGUUUGGACCAGAUAAAAUAAUCUAGAGUUAAAGAUGGCCCACAUAGGGAGUGCCAAAUUCACUCACAAGGAAAUGCAGAUGGGUGCAAAGGUUAAUAAACACACAUUGCUUUGAAUAGCAUAUGAAAAACUUCCAGCAGCUCUAAUAACCUUAGGCUUGGUAUAGAAGAUACAGAGACAUGCUAAAAUUUCUCCCCCAGUUAUUGCCAAGCAGAAACUUGGAUGAUCGACAUGGAAAUUGUCCCCACAGGAAACGAAACUAUUACUGAAUUUGUCCUCCUUGGCUUCUAUGACAUCCGUGAGCUGCAUUUCUUGUUCUUUAUUGUAUUCACUGCUGUCUAUGUCUUCAUCAUCAUAGGGAAUACGCUGAUUAUUGUAGCAGUAGUUAGCUCCCAGAGGCUCCACAAACCCAUGUAUAUUUUCCUGGUUAAUCUGUCCUUCCUGGAGAUUCUCUACACAUCCGUAGUGAUGCCAAAAAUGCUGGAGGGCUUCUUGCAAGAAGCAACCAUCUCUGUGGCUGGUUGCUUGCUCCAGUUCUUUAUCUUUGGCUCUCUAGCCACAGCUGAAUGCUUACUGUUAGCUGUCAUGGCAUAUGAUCGCUACCUGGCAAUUUGCUACCCACUCCACUACCCACUCCUGAUGGGGCCCAGACGGUGCAUGGGGUUGGUGGUCACAACCUGGCUGUCUGGAUUCAUGGUAGAUGGACUGGUUGUGGCCCUGGUGGCCCAGCUGAGGUUCUGUGGCCCCAACCACAUUGACCAGUUUUACUGUGACUUUAUGCCUUUAGUGGGCCUGGCUUGCUCGGAUCCCAGAGUGGCUCAGGUGACAACUCUCAUUCUGUCUGUGUUCUGCCUCACUGUUCCCUUUGGACUGAUUCUGACAUCUUAUGCCAGAAUUGUGGUGGCAGUGCUGAGAGUUCCUGCUGGGGCAAGCAGGAGAAAGGCUUUCUCCACAUGCUCCUCCCACCUAGCUAUAGUGACCACAUUCUAUGGAACGCUCAUGAUCUUAUACGUUGCACCCUCUGCUGUCCACUCCCAGCACCUCUCCAAGGUCUUCUCUCUGCUCUACACUGUGGUCACCCCUCUCUUCAAUCCUGUGAUCUAUACCCUGAGGAACAAGGCGGUAUAUCAGGCACUUCGGAAGAUUCUCUGUAUCAAACAAACACUUGAUUGAAGGAGAGUAAUGAAGAAGAUUUUAUUUAGGACUUCAGACA